AUGAGUACUGCUCACGCGAUCACCAAAGCCAGUAAGGCUCGCUUCUUGAGCCAUUUCCCAUGGACCAUUUCACCUUUCAUCAUCGGCGCCCCAAUGCGCGUCAUGUCAGGGCCUCACCUAGCCCUUGCGGUCUCCAAAGCUGGAGGUCUUGGGUUCAUUGGGCCAGGCGCGAAGCCUGAAGAUACGUCGAAGGAUCUAGCUACAGUGAGGGACUUGCUACGCAGUUCACCUCCACAGACUCUGCCGUUAGCAUUUCCAUCCAAGGAUACCCUUCCUGUCGGUGUUGGCUUUCAGCUCUGGAAUGGCGAUCUCAAGGCUGCUGUUAGUGCUGUGCAAGAACACAAGCCCUGUGCCGCAUGGCUCUUUGCGCCGCGUCGAGGACAAGAGGAGCUUGAUGAGUGGACGUCUCACAUACGAGAAGCCCAUCCGGAGAUACAGGUCUGGAUACAAAUCGGCACUGUCCAAGAGAGUAUUGAAGUGGCCAAUAGUGCGCAUCGCCCAGAUACGUUGAUCAUUCAAGGCGCAGAAGCGGGCGGCCAUGGUCGAGCCACCGACGGUCUGGGCAUAAUGACACUCUUUCCUGAGAUCGCAGACCAAGUCCGUGAGUCGGGCGUGUCUCUAUUCGCGGCCGGCGGCAUCGCAGAUGGUCGAGGCGUGGCAGCAGCCCUCUCACUUGGUGCAACCGGUGUCGUUAUGGGCACCCGCUUCCUAGCAGCAACCGAAACUCGUAUCAGCAAAGGCUACCAACAAGAAAUUAUCCGAGCUAAGGAUGGAGCUCAGUGCACCACCAGAACCAUGCUCUACAAUCAUCUCAGGGGCACUAUGGGUUGGCCAGAGCAGUAUAGCCCACGGGGUAUCAUCAACCAGAGCUUCCACGAUCACCAAGCAGGCGUGGAAUUUGAGGAACUAAAGAAGAGGCAUGACGAGGCAUUGAAGUCUGGGGAUAAGGGAUGGGGGCCAGAAGGAAGGUUAGCGACGUACGCGGGAGCGGCUGUUGGGCUUAUACAUGAUGUGCAGGAUGCUGGUGAUAUUGUCAAGAGUGUGCAGAAAGAAGCUAAAGAGAUUAUAGCUGAGAUUGCGAAUGAUACUAUAUAA